AUGAACAUUUUAGAGCCUUAAAAUAAUUACUACUAUCGCGAUAUUAGUUCUAGUGAAAUUGAAAGCUAAAGCUAUGAACUUCUUUUAAGAUAGUUAGAAGUUUGUUUAAAUAUGUACAAACCUCACUUUGAGCUUUAGUAUAAGUAUAUAGGAGUUAAUAGUGGUAAUUAAGAAUUUGAAUACGAAGAAAAAAGAUACUGCCUUAACUUAAUUGUUUUUGACAAACUACAAAAUGUUAAAAAGAAACUUGUUGUUUUUGAUAACAACUAUCGAAACGAAAAAUUAAUAAAAUAUUACAUAGAUUUGCUAAAAUAUUUCCCAAGAAAGGAUUUGAUUUACCUCCUCUACGACUCUUACUAUUUAGAUAGCAAAAAAACCUUUUACAUUUUUGAGUUAGAAUGUCCUAAAACCAUAAAUUUCUCAAAUUUCAUGGAUUAUUUUGAUAUUGUCGAGAAUACAGUUGAGAAGAUUAAAACUGCGUUUUGUGAUCAAUUGAUUGAGUUCGACAAAACCUAACUAGUUAAACAAUUCAGGUCAAAAGAUAAAAAUAAAUUUUGUUUACUUGAUUAAGAUUAUUUACUCAAAAUAUUUUAAAACAAAAAAAUUGUUUACUAUAAACACCAAAAUGUAAAAGAAUAGUUGUAUUUUAAAAAAUUAAUUUAAAUACCCCUCGGUUUUUGUUUUGCUUAGUUUGAAGAUUUUGAGUAACAUUAGCAGUAGAAAUAACCUAAUUAAGAUGAGAGCUAAAGCAAUAUUGAUAUAGAAGAUAAUGAAGAUUCACAAUCAGAGAAUAGCUUAGAAUAAUAAGAAGAAUUCGAUAAAGAUUCUAUUUAUUCAUCUCUAUUUGAUGAAGAUUCUUUGUUUAAUUAGAACUGCAAAAUUAAUAACCUAAUCAAAAACAACGAAGAAGAUAAAGAUUAGAGUGGAGAUAUUUUGUGUGAUUCUAAUACUAAUUAAAAUAUUAAGCAAAUUGAUGAUCACAGUUUAAGCCAAGAAUCUCUUCAAUAAUCUUAAGAAUAAACAAUGAAAAUUGACUAAGAAGAAUUAGAAAUAAGCCAAUAGGAUAAGUUAGUAGAAUCCUAAUAAAAUUAGAUUUAGAAAACUGAUUUUAAUACUUAAGAAGCCAAUUUGUAUAAAGAUAGAAUUUAAGAUAAUCAAAACAAUUCUAGAUAAGAAAUAAAUAUAGAUGAAUAGAAUCCUAAAAUAGAAACUGAAGAAUUCAAUGAAAAAAAAUCUUAAAGUAUCUAAGAGGAUCAAGAUUCUAACUAAGACGAAAUUUAGUAAGAAUAACAAGAAGAAGUAAAAAAUGAAAUAGAAUCUGUUAAUGAAGAUUAAAAUUCAGAUGCUUCUUCAUAUUGGAACACAGAUUAAGAUUUAGUUAAUCAAUUACUUGAUUUCAAUGAGAGAAUUUUGAUUACAAUUAAAAAAGAAAAUCUUAUUGAUAAGAUUAAAGAAUUUUAUUCAGAUAUCUUAAAUUAUCAUAAUGAAGAUAUUUUUUCUUUAAUUUAACAGCACCCGAAAUAUGAUGAUUUUGAAGUACUUUCAUAUAAUUCAGAGUAAUUUAAGCUAAAAUGCAAGAAAGAUAAUGAUAUGAGAAUUUUAUUAGUUAAGAAAUUUAGCUGCUUUUAAAAGAUCUAAGAAGAAGAGAAACUAAUUAAUUAACAAUCAAGCAUUAUAAACAAUUUAAUUGUGACGGAAAUUAUUUUACAAGAAAAGUAUUCAUAUCUUUUAGUAGAAUAAAAGUAUUUUUAACCUAGUAAACGAAUUUAUUUUUACCCAACAAUACAAGAUUUGCUUAAAAGUUUUUCUACAGACAGAAAUUUUAAAUUGUAUAUAAUUGAAUUGCUAAUGCAACUGAGCUAUGAAUUAUUUUGCAAAUUCAAUAUUAAAGUUACAAACAUUUGUCCCUCAAAAAUUUUUAUUUAGGGUAACAUUGAUACAAUUUAGUAAAAGAAAAAAUUUAACAUAAUUAUUUAAGAAUUAAGCACAGAAAAUUUUGAAAAGUAAUAUUUGGAUUUGAUAAAAUCUCCUAAAGAUUAUUAUGGGUAUUAAAAAUUUUAUCAAAAAAAUUGCACUGUUAACUUAGAAACUUUGCUAAAUUAAUUUUUUAACGAUUUGAAUGUAAAAUCAAAAUAAGAAAUUUCAAAUCUAUAUUCAGAAAUAACUCAGCAUAUUUAUCUACUGAUGUAUAUCCAUCAUAAUCGUGAAAUUUCCAUUACUAAAAAUAAUAAAUUCCAUAAAUAUUUUAGAAGUUAUCGCAGUAUAGAAUUAACAAAAGAUUAAUAACUAGUAGUUUCUUUAGAGAUAAAGUUUGAAGAUUACAUAAACUGGUCAGUUGAUGUUUAAUAAGAAAAUCUAGAUUUAUACAAUUCACUAUUUAAAUAGUAGCAAUAAUAAAAAUAAUAAUGGAGUUUACCAUUUGAAUAGCAAGAGUAGUUUGAAAAACAUUUUGUGAAAUUCUAAAGUUACUUCAAGCUUGAAAAAAAUUAAAAAAUAGAAGAUAAUAAAAAUGAAGAAGAAAAUGAAAUGGAAUUAGAAAUUCCAAGUUAAAAUUAACUGCAAGAAAACAAUGUAGAUAACAAUUAAGAAUAUGAAGCUGAACUUUCUUUGCUUACUGAAUUAAAAAAUAUGUUAACUAUUUGUUUUGAGCAUAAUCUAAAAAAGAAAACUAAUUUUAAAUUAGAAAUUGUUAACAGUAAUACAAUCGAUUUUAAAAGUUAUUAUACUUAUUAUGAUUAUGAUUAUUACAAUAUUUCUUCAGAGUUUAUAAAAGAAAGCUCUAAAAUCCUUUAAUUAGAUAUUAAAAAAUACAACUCUUAAGCAAGCUUCAAUUUUGCUUAUCUUUAUAUUGAUAAUCAAACACAAGGAUUAUCUCAUUUAAUAGAUAAAAUUAAUUUAAAUAGAAACAUAAACACGGUUGCACUUAAAAAAAAUGACUAUUAUGAAGAAAUCACCUUUUAAUAGAAAUAAUUCAGAAAAUAAAUAUUUAAGUUGAAAAGGUUAGUAGUUUUUGACAGGCAUAGAAUGGAUGAAUAGUUACAAAAUUGA